AUGAAGCAUUACUUGCUUGAUAAAAGAAACCCUGUAAAGUUUUUAAAUAAGUUGGAAAGAGUAAAAAAGUUGUUAAAAAGAAAAAGAAAGGAAGAAGAAAAGUUGUUAAAAAUAAAAGAAGAAGAAAAGUUGGCAGAAAAUAAACUUGAAGAAAUGAGAAAAGAAACAAUUAAUGAAAUGCCCCCAAUAGUUAAAACAAUAAUAAAUAAGGUGGAAAUAAUCGAACAAGUUUUAAUAGAGGGGAAAUUGUUGGAAAGAGAAUUGGAAGCAUUAAAAGAGUUUUCGAAAGUGCAUACAAAAGUUGAUUUUAUAAACAAGUUGGAAGCAAUUCAAACAAGUUUGGAAAACAAAAAAGAAAACAAACAUGUUGGGGAAAACAUAGAAACAAGUAAAACAAAUGUUGGGGAAGACAUAGAAACAAUCCAAACAAGUUUGGAACACAAAGAAGAAAACAAACAUGUUUGGGAAAACUUGGAAACAAUUCCAACAAAUGUUUGGGAAGAUCCAGAAAACAAACGUGUUGAGGAAAACUUAGAAACGAUUAAAACAAAUGUUUUGAAAGAAUUAGAGAAAAUUAAAACAAGUUUGGCAAAAAAGCAAGAAGGAAACUUUAAAAAAAAUGAACAAAGUACAAUAAUAAAAAAGUUGAAAACAAUACAGAAAGAUGCAAGAAUUGAAAAGUUUAAAACUUCUUUAAAAAUGUUGGAAUCAACUAAAACAACAUUUUAUGCCGAUGAAAUGAAACAAGAGUUACUAAACAGAAUUCCAAAGUUUAUUGAAUGUUUUAAAAACAAGACAAAGAAAAGUUUUGAACAAGUUUUAAACGAGUUGAAAAUAGCAAAAACAAGUUUAUUAAACUUGAAAGGUCAAACAGAGGUGUUAAACAAGCUGGAAAAUAUAAAACAAGUUUUAGAAGAGAAAGUAGAGAAAAACAAAGUUUUAAAAAUGUUUAGAGAGGUAACAAACAAGUUUAAGAAAAAUAAGGAUUAUGAUAAGUUUGUUGUGAAUUCAAUCAACAAAACAAAGGAAAUGUUGGAGGAGGGAAAGCCUUAUGAACAUGUUCUAAACAAGUUGGAAAUAACUAUAAAUUAUUUAACAAAAUUUAUAACACGAAUAAAUUUGUUUAACGAGUUGGGAUUAACCAAACAAAGUUUUAUGGAGAAAGAGAGUGAAGAAAAAUUAUUUGAACAUUUGGAGAGGAUGCAUGAGAUUUUAUCAAAAAAAAUAAGUUUAGAAACAUUGGAAGAAAUGAAAAAAAAUUUGGGAGUUGAGGGGGAUAUUGUAACUAAAGAAAACUUGAUUGAUGAAGAAUUAUUGAUGACUAUGCAUCAAAAAGUUGGACAUAUACAAAGUAAUAUUAUGAAGGAACCAGGAGAUAAUAAUGAAAUCAAGAAAUGUAAAAAAUGGGAAAUGCCAGAAAGUAAAGAAAAAAAUCAUGAAUUUACAAAGAAAGUGGAAGCGUAUAGGUUAGUUAUUAUUUCCGCAAAUUUUUGCGGACUUUUUUAG